CAGAUAUUGCUACUCAAAAUCUUGACUAUGACUACAAACCAAAAGAACUAAAUGACAAAAAUUGGAAAGAAAAAAUGGCGCAAUAUAAAAUAUAUGAUGAACUACAAUUGGACAUCAAGGAAAAAGAACUUUGCAUAGAAUAUAAAUAUCCUUACAAUGAAAAAAAAUUGCUAAACAGAUAUUGUAACAAAUGUUACGAAAAAGCACCAAAAUACCAAAUCUAUGAAAUUGAAAAAGAAGAAUUCAUACCAAGCAAAAAACUUAAAGUAACUACCGAAAUUGAAGAAUUCAAUUUCGAAAAAAUAGAAAGAACUGAAAUAGAACAAAUGAACAAGAAAUAA